AUGGCUUUCUCUGGCCUGUGUUAUCCAGAAUGCGGGGUGGCCCAACCCAGUCCAGUCACUGGCAGCUGCAACGUGCCGUGCGUUCGGCAGUGCCCUGACUCCGAAGUGGUGAUCAGACCCUCACCUGUGGUCGUGACCCUCCCGGGACCAAUUCUCAGCAAUUUCCCUCAACACAGUGAAGUGGGAGCCAUAGGAGCACCUGUGGUCGGACCCGGUUUCGGAGGCUCCUUCGGUCCUGGGGGAUUGUACGGCUAUGGAGGCCGUUACGGAGGAUGGUAUGGUUUAGGGGGUUAUGGUGGUUACGGUGGCCCUUGGGGUUACGGGAGAUGUGGUUAUGGGGGAUUAGGUGGUUACCCAUGCGGUUAUGGUUACGGGGGGGGAAUAUGUGGUUCCCGGAGUGGAGUGGGAGCCAUAGGAGCACCUGUGGUCGGACCCGGUUUCGGGGGCUCCUUCGGUCCUGGGGGAUUGUACGGCUAUGGAGGCCAUUACGGAGGAUGGUAUGGUUUAGGGGGCUAUGGUGGUUAUGGUGGCCCUUGGGGUUAUGGGAGAUGUGGUUAUGGGGGAUUAGGCGGUUACCUGGGCGGUUAUGGUUACGGGGCGGGAAUAUGCGGUUCUGGGGUAUCUUGCCAUAGGUACCUCAGUGGAAGCUGUGGGCCAUGCUAAAGCCAGCAGGAACAUCCGUGGAUGAAGGAAGAACCUGGAAAUGAACAGCAAGAUCCAGAUUCACCGCUGACCUUUUGGGCAUGGCUUUCAGAAGUGCUGUGCAAACAUGGCUCCACUUGAAGUCAGUGGGAGCUGUGUGUGCUCAGCACCUUGGUCUGAGAGCCAUGCUGCAUUUCUGAUGUUACGCUUUAGGACUCUUUCUGAGUGGGAAAAAGAGACCUUGCUGUCAAACAGAAUUAGGCCAUAUAUGUUCUAUCCUUUUCAUCAAUCCGUACCUCUGGUGUCUUGCUUUGACCUUUGGUGCCGCAGAUGUCUAAUGGAGAAGCUGCAUAGUUCCUGCUUCUCUUUUGCUUUGUCUCAUUACACAUGGAUUGGGGUAAAACAAUAAACUUAAAUUGGUUAUAAAGGAGACUCGUUUGUCAACCUCUGCAGCUGCACCAAUGCAAAAAGAACAUUGUGUCUGAAAUACAUCCCA